CCUGAUCCAGCGAUCCAGCUCAUCUCGCAUUCGAUCAGGCUGAUCAACGAUGGCUUCACUUCUCAAUACCUUCACCCGCCGGGCGAAACCGACGACCAUCUCCCUUUUCGGCAUCUUCACCUCGCCAUUCACCCUCACUCGACCCAACUCGACCUUGACGCAGGCGAGGUGUUCCCGGUUCUUGCUCCGACAAGCUAGCGAGUUUGCUCCGAGGGAGUGUCCGACACCUCUGGUCUUGCUGAGGGCGAAGGGUCUGGCAGGCGCUGAAGAUGAGAAGGAAGACUACUAUGCUUGGGGAGGCAUGUUUUCGGAACGAGGCUAUACUGCCGUCGAGAUUGAUAUCGAUGCUCCGGAACAAUCGACAUCCAACAAAGAGUCUUUGCAGGUCAUGGCCAAAGAGCUCUCGCAACAGAUUCGUCUAAUGAUGAUCCCCUUCCCGCCUAUCAUCGUAUCGACCGGAUCUUCCACCCUCCUCUCCCAAGCUUUCAUCUCGGACCACCCGGCUUCCGCGCUCGUCCUCAUCAACCCUCCUUCCAGCGCGGACGAGACCAGGCUCCUCACCCAGACCACUGAAACCCCUCAAGAUGCCUCACAAGCGAUAAGCGGGAAGGGAUUCGACUAUGAACCUCAUUUCCCCAUCCUGUAUCUGUCGACCAAGACUGAAACGCCAGAACAUCGAUUACAAGCGCAUGCAGAGCGAGGUGUCGGGAGGGGCGGGAAGGGGGUGACGUUCGAGGUUCUCGAUGAGAGUCGGGCGCCCGGUGGAGAGAGGGGAGAAGGGACGAGGAUGGAGCUGGAAAGGUGGUUGGAUAGGUGUGGAUAUUGAUAAGGGCAAGGAAGAGGAUGUUAGCCUUGAGGGCAGCAAUUAGCGAUGUUGAGUGUGAUACAACAAUAUGAUCAUUUG